AGUCAUCAAAGCAAAUUUGGUAAUGUGCAUCAUCUUGCGCCAUAUUUAUUUGUGACCUUUAUUUUUAUUUUUUUACUCCAUAUUUUUGUGUUAUAAAAAUAUAUAUUUCAACUAUUAAACUAUAAAUGUUUAAAAGUAUUAAAUAACAGUUAUUUUAAAGUUUUAAUUAUUGUUGAUUAUUUUAUUGAAUUAUAAACAAUGCCGAGUAUUUCAAAGGGAAGAAAAACUCCUGCCAAGUUGAAGACUAUAGGAAAUCAUAAUGAGUUUUUCGAUAGAAUCACCAAGUCUUUGUACUAUUCCAAGUUGCCAAUGACUGAUAGGCUCAGUUUACCUGUUACUGAAUUUGCUGCUGAGCUAUUUACAGAAGUUCAAAAAGGCUGUUCACUUGAACGUCUUGAUGUUGAUGAAGCAAGUAGAAUAUCAAGAAAUGCAUGUGUAUCACCAUGUUCAUUUGUUCUUGCAUUAUUAUAUUUAGAACGUUUAAAAGACUGUAAUCCAGAAUAUUUAUACAAAGUUGCACCAUCAGAAUUAUUUCUUGUAUCAUUAAUGAUUGCAAGUAAAUAUCUAAAUGACGAUGGUGAAGAUGAUGAAGUAUUUAAUACCGAAUGGGCAAAAUCUGGUAAUUUAACUGUACCUGAAAUAAAUAAACUUGAAAGAGAAUUUUUAAAUGCAAUUAAUUGGAGUAUCUAUGUUUAUGAUGAUGAUUUUUGGGAACGUUUAAAACAACUAGAAAAUCAUAUUGCCUAUAAUGAAGCAAAAAAACGUGGAUGGUAUUCGUACUAUGAAUUAUCGUGUCUUAUUAAUACAAUUAAAUUACAAGCUAUUAUUAAAACAUUAGUUAGUAUAUCAUCAAUAUGUUUGGCAACUUAUACUGCUGGUAUUGUAACACUACUUGGAUCAGCACUUGUUGCUAGUCAUAUACCAGGAACAUCACUAUCAUCAUCAUCAUCAGCAUCAUUAAAACAAUCAACAAUAUCUCCAACAAUUAAUUCAACAAAUAAUAAUCAAUUAAAUCAAAAUGACAUUGAUGAUUCUUCAAUAAUUGAUUUAUCAAAUUUAUUAACAAUCAAUGAAAAUAAUUUAACAAAAAAAAUGAUAAUUAAUUCAAAUGUUAAAUGUGAAUUAAAUUGUUGGAUUGAUACAUUGACUUAUUGGCUACCUAAAUAUUUAAAUUUAAAUGACAAUGAUAAUAAUAAUUCAAUUAUUGACAUGACAAAUAUUGGAACAUUUAUAACAGAUACACAGCCACGUAUUGAUGAUGAAUUUAUUAUUGAAGAUUUUAUUACUGAAAUUAAUUGGCGUGAUACAUUGAAGGAUAAUAUUUAUUGUGAUAACAAUAAAGAUUGGCGAUAUUAUGCUAAAUAUGUUGCUGAAAUAUCACUUGGUUAUCAACAUUGAUUUUAAUUUUAUUAUUUCUUUUUUUUAUAUAAUUUGGUGCAAUUUAUAUUUGGGGUUUUUUAAAAUAUACAUUACAUAAUAGUUAUAUAUAUAUAAUAUAUAUAUUUUUUCUACUAAUAUAGUAUAAUCAUCAAUUAAAUUAAAAAAUAACUAACAAGUUAUAUUAUGGUACUCAAAUUGGUUUGUUUGUUUGAUUUUUUUUUUCUUUUAAAUUAAUAUAUAUAAUAAAUAAAUAUUUCUUAAAUAAAAUACUUGGCAUUGUUUUUUAUUUUGUUGUUAAUUUAUUAUACAAUUGGUCGGAUAU